AUGGCUUUUGCCUACACUUUGCUUGUCACUUCCCAAGCAUCCGACGAUAGAAAGGUGUAUGUUGUGUAUAUGGGCAAACCAUCUGAAGUUGAAGGAGGUUUCUCAGCUGCGUCCGCACGACAUGCCAACAUGCUUCAACAAGUUCUUACCACCAGUGAUGCAUCCAAUUCUCUGGUGUAUAGCUACCACCGGAGCUUCAGCGGCUUUGCGGCCAGGCUCAACGACGACGAGGCCCGAAAACUCGCCGAGAUGGAGGGAGUUGUGUCUGUGUUUGUGAGUGAAAAGAAGGAGCUUCACACGACAAGGUCAUGGGAUUUCAUGGGUUUAUUGGAUGAAGCUUCAAGAACAAGGUUGGAGAGCGAUGUAAUCGUGGGAAUGUUGGACACCGGAAUUUGGCCGGAAUCUAAAAGCUUCACCGAUGAAGGCUUUGGUCCGCCGCCGCCCAAAUGGAAAGGCAAAUGCCAAUCUUCUUCCAAUUUCACCUGCAACAAUAAAUUAAUCGGAGCUCGAUUCUACCGGAGUAAUCCUGUGGAGGGCGGAGGCGACAUUCUUUCUCCGAGAGAUACAGAAGGCCAUGGAACCCAUACCUCAUCCACAGCCGCCGGCAAUUUGGUCGCUCAGGCCAGCCUUUUUGGGCUCGGCCUUGGGACCUCCCGCGGCGGCGUCCCCUCUGCCCGCGUCGCCGUCUACAAGAUUUGCUGGUCCGACGGCUGCUCCGACGCCGACAUCCUCGCAGCUUUCGACGAUGCAAUUGCCGAUGGAGUCGACGUCAUCUCCAUUUCCGUCGGAGGUUCUAUUCCCAGGGAGUACUUCAAGGAUUCAAUUGCAAUUGGGGCUUUCCACGCCAUGAAGAAUGGUAUUCUGACCUCAAAUUCCGCUGGGAACACCGGCCCUGGUUCUGCCACCAUCUCGAAUGUUUCCCCAUGGUCGCUAUCGGUGGCUGCUAGCACCAUAGACAGGAAAUUUGUGACCAAAGUGAAGUUGGGUAAUGGAAAAGCCUUUGAGGGGAUCUCAGUGAACACCUUCCAACUUGAAGAUAAGAUGUUCCCGCUUAUAUACGCUGGUGAUGCUCCAAACAGUACUGCGGGUUUCAACGGAUCACUUUCAAGGUUCUGCUUCCCAGGUUCUUUGGAUAUGAACCUGGUUCAAGGCAAGAUUGUUUUCUGCGAUGAGAUUGGUGAUGGAACAACAGCUCUGAGUAGUGGUGCAAUUGGUACCAUAAUGCAAGAUGCAAACUUCCUAGAUGUUGCCUUUGUUUUCCCAUUACCUGCUUCCAAGUUAGACUUGAACGCCGGAAGUAAAGUUUUCCAGUACCUGAGAUCAACGAGCAAUCCAGAAGCUAAUAUAGAAAAGAGUACCACCAUUGACGAUCUGUCAGCUCCAUUUGUUGUUUCCUUCUCAUCAAGGGGGCCUAACCAAAUUACACUAGACAUUCUUAAGCCUGAUUUGACAGCACCAGGAGUGGAUAUAUUAGCAUCUUGGUCUGAAGAUGCAACAGUUACAAGUUUAGCAGGGGAUAACAGAGUAGUUCCAUUCAACAUAAUCUCUGGAACUUCCAUGUCUUGCCCACAUGCAACAGGAACAGCUGCAUAUGUCAAAUCUUUCCACCCAACUUGGUCUCCAGCUGCUAUUAAGUCUGCCCUUAUGACGACAGCCUUUCCCAUGACUCCAAAGUUAAACGCAGAUGCUGAGUUUGCAUAUGGAGCAGGUCACCUAAAUCCAGUAAAUGCCAUUAAUCCUGGUUUGGUAUAUGAUGCCACAGAGAUUGAUUACAUAAAGUUCUUAUGUGGGCAAGGAUUUAGUACCAAUAAUCUUAGUCUUGUCACCGGUGACCAAAGCAACUGUUCAGAUGUUAGAAAAACAGCUGCGUCAGAUCUAAACUAUCCAUCUUUUGCUCUAUCAAUCAAAACUCGAAGAUUGGUUAGUCGUGUCUUCCACAGGACCGUCACGAACGUCGGGUUGCCAGUGUCGACCUAUAAAGCGAUUAUUCAAGCUGCCCCCGGGCUCAAAGUUACAGUACGACCCGCUACUCUUUCUUUCAGUUCUCUUGGACAAAAGAUAUCUUUCACUGUAAGGAUUAAAGCAAAAACUGCUGGGAAGCUGAUUUCUGGUAGCUUAACCUGGGAUGAUGGAGUGCAUCUGGUGAGGAGCCCCAUUGUUACAUUUGUUAAUCCAUUAUGAGAGGUUCACGUGCUUGUUUAUUAUUGUUGGGAAGUACCCUUUUCCUUUUGUUUAGAACAUGCAUAAGGAAUUUGAUGAUUAUAUGAAUAAAUUCUUCUUUAUGAAUCAUU